UCAUUUCAAAGUACUUUCACAACAUAAAAAGAAAAAUAUAAAGAAGAUAAACCAAACACGUCACCCCACUAAAUAAAAAUGCUCCUCUUCAAAACAACCACCACCACCACCGCCACAAUCUCCGUCCCUCUCCUCUCCAUCUCCUCCCACCUCAAACCCAAACCCACCUUUUCCUUCCCAUUCCCAUCCAAACCCAUCACGCCGACCCACCACCUCUCAUCAUCCACCACGCCGAAAAUCAUGAACUUCUUAAACAAACUAGGUUUCGGUACACGCAGUACACCCACUGACACAACUUCAGUUGACCAAAAAUCACCAGUUGCUCAAUCCCCAGACGUUGACUUACCUGCACCUGGUCAACAGUUUGCUCAGUUUGGUGCAGGGUGUUUUUGGGGUGUUGAAUUGGCUUUUCAAAGAGUAGCUGGUGUUACUAAAACUGAAGUUGGGUAUACCCAAGGGUUUACGGAUAACCCGAGUUAUAAUGAUGUUUGUUCUGGUACUACUUUUCAUAAUGAAGUUGUUCGGGUUCAGUAUGACCCGAAAACUUGUAGUUUUGAGAAUCUUUUGGAGUGUUUUUGGGAUAGACAUGAUCCUACUACUCUUAAUCGUCAGGGGAAUGAUGUGGGAACACAAUAUAGAUCUGGGAUAUAUUUCUACACACCUGAACAAGAGAAAGCAGCAAUAGAGUCAAAGGAGCAACACCAGAGGAAACUGAACAGAACAAUCGUCACCGAGAUCCUGCCAGCAAAGAAGUUCUACCGGGCAGAAGAGUACCAUCAGCAGUAUCUUGCAAAGGGUGGCCGAUUUGGGUUCAAGCAAUCUACUGACAAAGGUUGCAAUGACCCUAUUCGCUGCUACGGCUAAGUUAUUGUAUAUGCGGUCAUAAAUCAUGCUUAUAAUUUUAAUGUAUAAUGGUUGUUAAUAGGUAUAUGCUUCAUCGAUUGUGUGUUACCGGCAAUGUUAUUAUAUACUUUGAAUGAAUCGACUGUUGUCCUGUAACAAGCUACUACUUAUGUGAA